AGCAGCGUGUUUUUUUUCUCCCCCCCCCCACAGCAUCGCCUGACAUCGUGUUUAUGUCACUCCGUGUUAUUUUAUGGUUGUCCAGUCUGCAACCACUACACGUGCGUUGUAUUCCUAAUCUCAUCCGUGGUGGAUUAUGUUCCGGCUGUGUCUAGCUAGAUGCAGCAGCAGCAGCAGCAGCAGGGCUACAAUCCGGCUGUUUUAAAAAUCGAGGCUUUUGAGAUUUUUUUUUUUUUUACAGGCGCGUUUCUUCCGGGUAUUUACGUUCAGAUUUGAGCUAACAUGCUAGCGACGCGUUAGCAUCGUUGGAACGUUGGACUCAGUGUCGCGAGCUUGCGAGGCUGCGUUGCCAUGACAAUGGAAGACCCCGGAAUCAAGAAGCAGAACUGGGACGUGAAGGAGACCGAGUUGUUCCUGGAAAUCCUCAAAGAGCUCGAUAUGGAGAAGUGCUUGGACGGCAGGAAAGUGAGGAAUGCUAAGAUCUUCAAAGUGGCACACAGGAGGAUGACAGCGGCCGGGUAUCAGAGAUCUGUGGACCAGUUGAAGUUCCGAUGGAAACUUCUCAAAAGUGCGUACUACAAGCGCAAGAGAGAGCCAAACUCCUCCGCGCCGACCAAAAUACAAGGCUGGUGGAGGUAUGAGAAGACAAUGGUUGAUAUCAUGGAGUCCAGGCACCCCCUUGUCGAAGCGGGGGUGCACUCGGACAGGAACGAUGAAGGGACAGAAGAGUCGGAUGGAGAUGCGUCGAUGCUGCACUGGCCGCAGCCCUGCGCGGAUAAUGCUAACCAGAGCCUGAACCUGGAUUUAAUUAUCAAAAUGGACCCUGAGAUGGACACUCAGCUGAAGAUCGGCUUCAUCGGUGCUGGGAACAUGGCCUUUGGCAUCGCUAAGGGCAUCUUGUCUGGAAAUGUUCUCCCUUUAAACAUCCGAGUGAGCGCUCCCUCCUCCAGGAACCUCGGACGCUUUCAGGAGCUCGGGAUUCCCGUCACUCACUCCAACGUAGAGGUGGUCUGCGGCUCGGAUGUGGUUUUUGUGGCGGUCAAACCUCACCUGGUUCCCCGGGUUUUCAGCGAGGUCUCACAAUUCAUCACUGACCGUCACAUUAUUGUGUCUGUGGCUGCAGGAGUGACUCUGGCAACACUAGAGGAGCUCCUGCCAGAGAAUGCAGUCGUCAUCAGACUGAUGCCAAAUCUCCCGUGUGUGCUUCAAGAGGGGGCUCUCCUGUUCACCCGCGGGUCCCGAGCAAAAGACGAGGACGCAGCUCUGCUUCGCACCUUGCUGCACCGCUGCGGUUUGGUGGAGGAAGGACCCGAAGCCUGGAUCGACAUCCACACGGGACUGAGCGGGAGUGGAGUCGCCUUUGUCUAUCUGUUUGCUGAAGCGCUGGCAGAAGGAGCUGUUAAAAUGGGCAUGCCGGGUGUUCUCGCUCACAGAAUCGCAUCUCAGACUAUUUUGGGUGCUGGGAGAGUGUUACGUGAAUCCGGGAAGCAUCCGGCUCAGCUCCGCUCUGAGGUCUGCACCCCGGGGGGAACAACCAUCUACGGGCUUCACACGCUGGAGCAGGGCGGACUGAGGGCGACCACCAUGAGCGCCGUGGAGUCUGCCACCGAGAGAGCCAGGGAGUUCGGCCGAAAGUCGGGGAGCAAAAAAUGACACUUAACUCUUUGGCCACCACUCAAAAAGGACUCAAAAUAAACCUCCCAAUGAACUCAAUUAUGAACUCAAUAAAUCAGCAUGAAACGCAAAGACAAAAAAAAGGACCUGUUGAAUGAAGUUUCCCUCUCAGACAAGUUCAGUUCAUUCUCCUUUUUCAUCAGAAAGGAAAUGUUGGCUUAAACUUGACUUUCACUCAGAAAAGUAAAUUAUUGGAUGAUAACCUUGUAAUUUAUUUAAAUAAAUGGCAACUUUUACAUGCUGGCUAAGAUCUAAUCUAAGUGUUAAGGCACAAACAGGACUGUGUCACCCACAUGUCAUGUACACAUAGUUCAUCACAAUAUAAAAUUCACAGUAUUUGUUUACGUGUCAUGUUUAAUGAAGGCCAUGUUAGCCUGUGCCUUCGACUACAGUAGAAACAUGGACGCGUUAGAAUCAUGAACCCAUUCGACAAAGAGUCAGUCAGACCAAAAAGCAACUUUGAAAACCUCAAAUGUGAUUGAAUGCCUUAGUAGUAGACACGAUUGGUUGAUCAUUUGCAGGUAAUGUGGGCGGCUGCAGCUUCUCUUAAAGAUGUUAUCAUCUGGACGUUGACUGAAUUCUUAAUGCAAAGUGUGUAGAGUUUUCAUAAAGUGUCAAAUGAACCAUC